CUUCCGGUAUCGACACUACAAACGGAAGUCCCGCCUCAGCCGACGAAAGUUAAGCACAAUUGUAAUUGGUGGAGCAAGCUGUCUGUAUUCUCACGGUUCCGGUUUUGUGGAGUGUGUGUGUGUGUGUGUGUGUGUGUGAGAAUGUGUCAAGUGGUGUAACUAACACAACAGCUGAUGGUGUAGAGCAGUAAAAUGUGUACACAUCCUUUACUCCACUUGUAUUUUGGGAAUGUUUGACUAUGCUAGCGUGUGUGCGGAGUACCAUGAGCUGCUCCAGUCGGUUUUUUCCCGUGUGGAAAUACAUUGUGAAUACUUUUGAGAACUGACACUUUGAGUUGGGUUUCAGUAUAAAGCGCUCUGUGGUAGAAAAUGUGUGUUGGUUUAAAAAAAAAAAAAAAAAAAAAAAAACAGGAUGGGCGUCCUCCCCUGAAGAAAAUGCCAGAAAUAGCAUGGGCUUGGCUCCGGCUCUGGGAAAGUGCUCCACACAGCAGGAGAAAUGGCUGCCAGUUUGCCAGUAACGCAGCAGAUCUGCAGCUCUGGACCCCCGGCUUCUUCAGCCACAUGUGCCAUUCCCAUCGCAGAGCUGGACGACUGCCUCAUCUACGAUCGGCACGGGGUCUGCGUUACUUUUAAGAGCUUAUACCAAAACCACAAAGCUAUCAUUAUUUUUGUGAGGAAUUUUUUGUGCUACACAUGUCAGGAAUAUGUUGAAGACCUAAGCAAAAUACCAAAGCAAAUGUUAUUGGAUGCAGAUGUCCGUCUUAUUGUCAUUGGGCAGUCAGGCUAUUCCCAUUUAGAGGCAUUCUGCUCGCUGACAGGCUAUCAACAUGAAAUUUAUGUUGAUCCAGAGCGACAUAUUUAUAAGAAACUUGGGUUGACAAGAGGGGAGAUCUAUGGGGAAACAGGCUCUCAAAGCCCACAUGUGAAAUCCAGCAUACUUGUUGGCAGUAUAAAGAGCAUGUGGCGAGCCAUGACCAGUCCUGCCUUUGAUUUUCAAGGAGAUCCUCUCCAACAAGGGGGAGCACUCAUCAUUGGCCCAGGUCCCAACGUUCAUGCAGCACAUUUUGACAUGAAUCGAUUUAACCAUAUGCCCAUAAACAGGUUGCUUCAGCUGGCUGGAAUGCAGGUGGUCGACUUUAACAGACAUGCCAAGAUUAUUGACAUAUGAGAUAGGAGCCAUUUCACUUUAGAUCUGCACUCAGCUUUUAAACAGGGUUUUAAAGAGCACCUCUUUGUUAGAAUGCAUUCAUAAAGAAGACAUGACAGCAAAUCUACUGAGAUCUGACGAGACUUCUUUGAUUAUAUUCUGGGAUAAUCUGAACCCCAUACCAUUUCCAAAACCUGAUCCACAAAUCCUAAGCCUACAGUUAACCUCUGUGGAUUAAAAGGGAAUCAAAUUCAUCCCUCACUCACGCACUCACGUUUAGUGACCGCUUUAUGCAACUAUUACAGAAGGUUCAAACGCACACAGAUGCUCCAGAAGGAAAAACCAUGCAUUAAGAGCCAGGGGAUGAAAACUUUUGAACAGAAUGGAGAUGUGUACAUUUUUCUUAUUUUGCCUAAAUAUUGUAUUUUUUCAUUUAGUACUGCCCUUCAGAGGCUACAGAAGAUAGUUACAUGUUUCCCAGAAGACAAAAUAAGUUAAAUUUACCCUGAUCUUCAAAUUCAAAAAGUUUUCACCCCCCUGCUCUUAAUACAUGGUUUUUCCUUCUGGAGCAUCUGUGAGCAUUUGAACCUUCUGUAAUAGUUGCAUAUGAGUCCCUCAGUUGUCCUCAGUGUGAAAAGAUGGAUCUCAAAAUCAUAGUCAUUGUUGGAAAGGGUUCAAAUACACAAAAAUGCUGGAAAACCAAAGAAUUUGUGGGACCUGAAGGAUUUUUCUGAAGAACAGCAGGCAGUUUAACUGUUCAGGACAAACAAGGGACUCUUGAACAACUAUCACUAUACAAAAAAACACAGCUGUGGAUCAUUCAGGUAACAACACAGUAUUAAGAAUCAAGGGGAUGUAAACUUUUGAACGGGGUCAUUUUUAUAAAUUCAACUAUUAUUUUCUCUUGUGGACUAUAUGUAAACAUCUUUUAUGUGAAAUAUCUUAUUCAGGUCAGCACUAAAUAAACAAUAACAUGCAUUUUGUAUGAUCCCUCUUAUUUUGGUAAAAUAAUAAACAUUUUGCAGAUUCUGAAAGGGGGAUGUAAACUUUUGACCUCAACUGUAACUAGCCAUUCAGUCUACGGGUAUAUAUAGUACAGCACAAAGCACUUACAGAUCUCAGGCAAUGAAGUGACUGGCAUUAAUAUAGCUGAUAUGGGUUGUACAGCUGUAUGGAUAAAAGACCUAAAGGAGCAAGCACAAAAUUCAUUACCAGCCUCCAUCUAUGAAUAGUGCCAUUUCAGCAGGACUUCUUCCUGCUUCUGCAUGUACCUAUGGUUAUGUAGCACAAGUUUAAAUAACCUGUACAUUCCUAUGUAUCUGCUUGUUUUUGUCCGACAGAAAUAUGCUAUGUUUUUGAAAGAUUAAAAAUUUUCUUUGCGAAACCUUGAAUAUUUUAAUGGAUAAUCAACAAACAUGACAAUAUGCUACAAUUUUUUCCUAUAGACAGAAAAGGCUUUUUUGUCUAAUAAUGAAAAUUGACAGUUUUAAAUGAUCUUCUUGUACAUACACUAUAUGGUAAAAAGUUUGCGGACACCUGACCAUAACAUUCAUACAGCAUGUGCUUGUUGAACGUACCAUUCCAGAUUUAGUCCUCCUUUGCUGUUAUUAUAACCUCCACCCUUCUGGGAAGGCUUUCCACUAGAUUUUGGAGCGUGGCUAUAUGGAUUUGUGAUCAUUCAGCCACUAGAGCAUUAGUGAGGUCAGGCACAGAUGACGGGUGAGGUGGCCUGGGGUGCAGUCAGUGUUCCAGUUCAUCCCAAAGGUGUCCAGUAGGGUUGAGGUCCGCCUCUGUACAGGCCACUCGAGUUCUACCA